GCAGAAACCGCAAUCAAGGCAAAAGGAGGCAACAAUGGAGGUGGCAACAAAAGCUUCAUUGCCCAGAUCAUACCUGUGUAUGGAUUUGGAUUGUUCAUGUAUGUUCUAUACAUUCUCUUCAAGAUCUCAUCCAAAAGUAGCACCUCUAGUCCUAAAGGAAGGAAGAGAUGUAGAAGCACCAGAACUGGAAACGUGAAGCGGAAAAUUACUGAUUACGAGCUGGCUCAGCUUCAAGAAAAACUGAAAGAGACUGAAGUGGCCAUGGAGAAAUUAGUUUUGAAAAUGGGAACUGCAUCAGACAAGAUUACCAGUGUUACGACUGAACAGGAAGAGAAGUUACUGAGACAUCUGAAGGAAAUCACCCGAGUCAUUAAGAAAGGGCAGCUCUUUGAAGGAAUCAGCCCUGAGAAAGAAGCAGAGGAAUCUCUAUACAUGGAAGACUGGGAAGGUGGAGAAAAAUCAUUUAACACUUACAGUGAUCCUGAGGAAACAUGCCAGAAUUGCAGUGGAUCUGAAUAUAGUUUCCCACAUGACACCAACCCCAACAUUCCUGAGUCGAGUGAGCUUUCUGCGGAGGAAUUAGCAGAAGAAUUAGGCACAAGAGAAGAUGAUUGUUCCUCAAGUGAAACGAUGGAAGAUCAAAUGAGGCAAAGCAAAAUAUAUCAAACACUGGACCAUCAGCCAAGCACACAGGUUGGCAUGGGUGGCCAGAAUGACGGUGUUGAAGUUGAAGAAGUCCAGUGUGAAGACUGCGAGUAUUUUAACCAAGAAAGUGAUGACCUAGCUAUUAAAGCAGAGAAUUUUCUUGUCAGCUCUGAGGUUGAUGACGUCAGUGCUGUUGAUAAUCAAAUCAGAGAUGAAUCUAUUAAGGACAUUUUGAUUGGUGAACAGCAGCAAGUAAUCAUAUGCAAAGGUAAAAGCAAACUCCGAAAACGCAGCAAGGUGAUGAUAAAAUAA